AUGAUUCUUACCCUCACUACUGCUCAAACUAGUUUGGGUAAAAUCCUGAUCCAUGCUGAGACUGGAAGGACACUCUACUACUUCACAAAGGACACUCCACACCAAGAUUCAACAUGUUAUGGAAAAUGUGCUGUUAUCUGGCCACCCUUAAUCGGAACACCAUUAGCUGACCCUACCCUCUCCGGAGACGCUGAUAUAUCCUUGCGAACUGACAACACCACCCAAGCCACAUACAAUGGAAUGCCACUCUACUACUACUACCUAGAUACCAAGGCUGGUGAUGUCCUUGGUGAGAAUGUAGGCCAAGUGUGGUUUGUCUUCCGUGAGAACACUCUAAGCUUCAACAAGAUGGACCGUAGCUUGAUCACAGUCGACCAGAAUGGACGUGCUAUUUACUUCAAUGGUGCUCACAAACCCUACACCGCACCAUCGUGCAUUGAUGGAUUCGUCCAGAGCUCUGACAAGCAGUUCCAGGUCACAAUGAAUGGUUACCCUCUGCACUACCACGCAGGCGAUUCGAUUCCAGGCGAGUCCAAGGGUGACGACAUCAACGGAUUCUUCGUGUAUAGCCAUAUGUUACUCCAUACUUCUAAGGUCAAGGUGGCCGUUUUCAACCUCUCCUCCGACCCAUGUGCCGGUGCCUCCACAUGCCAGUUCAGCAACAGUUGCUUCAAGAAUGAGACCAAGACCGAUGCCAGUGGUCAAUCCACCGUCAAAGUUCUUCUGCAUGAUCGUCAACCAUGGUCCUCCAGCUUGUCACAUCUCUCUCAAUUUUAA